CCCCUUCCUCCUUCCCCCGCGCUGGGGUGAACCCGGAGCCGGGAAAGAGUCGGUUCUGAGUUCCCCGGGUGUUUUUAGGCGGCGGCAGCCCAGGGAGAACAUGGCGUUCGUGGGCAGCCGAGUGGAGCUGGACGCGGACGAGGAAAUCUUUGAAGAUGCUUUGGAAACCAUCUCUGUGUCUCCCUCAGAUAUGGCAACAAACAACUUUCACUUCUUACCGUGUGACACCAAACGAGCAUCCAGACAGCUUGGAGCAUCUGGUGAGAACAGGUCAGAAGGUUCAUCAGCCAAAGUGGAUCUCAAGAGUGGCCUAGAAGAAUGUGCGGUGGCAUUGAACUUAUUUCUAAGCAACAAAUUUACAGAUGCCUUAGAAUUGCUUCGUCCAUGGGCCAAGGAGAGUAUGUACCACGCCUUGGGCUACAGUACCAUCGUUGUGUUGCAGGCUGUCAUGACCUUUGAGCAACAGGACAUCCAAAAUGGCAUUUCUGCCAUGAAGGACGCUUUGCAAACUUGCCAAAAAUAUAGAAAAAAAUGCACUGUUGUAGAAUCUUUCUCAAGUCUUCUUUCUCGAGGGUCACUGGAACAACUGAGUGAAGAGGAAAUGCAUGCCGAAAUCUGUUAUGCCGAGUGUCUCCUCCAGAAAGCAGCACUCACGUUUGUGCAGGAUGAAAAUAUGAUCAACUUCAUUAAAGGUGGACUCAAAAUUAGAACAAGUUACCAAAUAUAUAAGGAGUGCCUUUCCAUCCUGCAUGUAAUUCAGAAGAACAAACAUGAGCAGCAGUUCUUUUAUGAGUUUGAAGGAGGUGUCAAGCUUGGAACAGGGGCCUUUAAUUUGAUGCUGUCCCUUUUACCAGCAAGAAUCAUCAGAUUACUAGAAUUUAUUGGGUUUUCUGGAAACAGGGACUUGGGCCUUCUGCAGUUGCGGGAAGGUGCCUCAGGAAGGAGCAUGCGGUCUCCGCUCUGCUGCCUUACCAUCCUGGCCUUCCACACCUACAUCUCCCUGAUACUUGGUACAGGAGAAGUGAAUGUCGUGGAAGCAGAAAGCCUCCUUGCCCCCUUCCUUCAGCAGUUUCCAAACGGCUCUCUCAUGUUGUUCUACCAUGCCCGAAUCGAGCUGCUGAAAGGAAACACUGAAAAGGCUCAAGAGAUAUUUCGAAAAUGCAUUUCAGUUCAAGAAGAAUGGAAACAGUUUCACCAUCUCUGUUACUGGGAGCUAAUGUGGAUUAAUAUAUUCCAACAAAACUGGAUGCAGGCGUAUUAUUAUUCCGAUCUACUUUGCAAAGAGAGUAAAUGGUCCAAGGCAACGUAUGUGUUCUUGAAAGCUGCCAUCUUGAGCAUGUUUCCAGAGGAGGAAGUGGUGGCAACCAAUGAGAACGUGGUGACUUUGUUCAGGCAGGUGGAUGGCUUGAAGCAGAGAAUUGCCGGAAAAUCUCUCCCAACCGAGAAGUUCGCUGUGAGGAAGGCACGCCGGUACUCCGCCUCCUUAGCUGCCCCUGUGAAGCUCAUCUUGCCAGCCCUGGAAAUGAUGUAUGUCUGGAAUGGCUUUUCAAUCGUGGGCAAAAGAAAAGACCUUUCUGAAAACCUCUUGGUAACUAUUGAAAAGGCUGAGGCAGCUUUGCAGAAUCAAGAUUUUAAUGACUACUCUGUGGAUGAUGAGUGCUUAGUGAAGUUACUUAAAGGAUGCUGCCUCAAGAAUUUACAACGGCCCUUGCAAGCUGAGCUUUGUUUCAAUCACGUUGUGGAAAGUGAGAAGCUCCUGAAGUAUGACCACUACCUGGUGCCGUUCACUCUGUUUGAGUUGGCAUUUUUGUAUAAAAGUCAAGGGGAGAUUGACAAGGCCAUAAAGGUCCUAGAAACUGCAAGGAACAACUUCAAAGAUUACUCCUUGGAGUCCAGACUACACUUCAGGAUUCAAGCAGCUCUUCAUCUCUGGAAAAAAACAUCCUCAGAUUGAUCAGAACAGGAAAGAUGGACUUUCCCCCCAGUUAACAAUGGCUUCUGCUCUGGAGAUCAGACCUUAUAUUAAAGUGGAAAAGUGCUCUUGAGACUAAGAAAAGGAAAGCCAGUUUUAGAGUCAAAUGCUUUCUGUCACCUGAGUUAUAUACUGUUGGUCUCUGUAUUUCCCCCAUGGAAUGACAUUCAGUACUAUAUAGAAAUUCUUAGACUUUGCCUCUUUAAAGAAUUUCAUAUUAGAUUUUAAUUGGGAGAUAAAGAAAUCUUUUAAAAGACUUGUAGGUCUAAUAUAAUCUCUUGAGAUUAUUUUUCAUGUAAAAAUUAAUAUUGUUCAAGUAGCAAAAGACUUUAUAAGCUGAACCACUUUUAGAUUGGGUUGUCCAUUAAGCUUCAAAGAUAUGUUGUUGCUUAGUAUUCAGAUCUCAGAGAGGAAGUAAGUAUCACAUCUAAUAUAACGUUAAUAGUGAGUUUCUGAAGAUUCUGGAAGAGAGAAGCAGAGGGUGUGAACUGGGCUGGGAGGAUGUACUCCAUAGCCUGAAGAGACCUGUAUCUCUAUGAGAUGAUACAAUCGUAAGUUCCUGGGUUUCUGCUCUUCAUAUGGGUCAAAGGUGUGAUACUUUUUAGAAACUCCUUUGUUUUAAAUGUACUUAACUCUGACAUAACACAACCCCAGACACAUUUCCUAUCUAUCUAAAGGGAAGAAAAAGCUAUAUUUUAGAAAUCCUUAACUUUAGUGAUGAAGCCUAAGAUAUAUACAUUGAUUAUUUUUCUUAUAGGAAGGAAAAUCCCUACUGCUUUAAAUAAUAUGCAAAAUAUCUAUGCUUUUUAGGAUAUUACCAAGAUCUCAUUUUCUAAUCCAACACUGUGAUGGUUCCUGUUCUUGGUCCUUUAUGUAGGAAACAGAAUCAGAGCAUGGAGCUGAAAAAGCCUGGUCCUGUGUGGUCCUGGCUCUGCUCCUGGUGAGCAGAGCCAGUGACCUUUCCAGAGUCCCCCUCCUGUGCACCACCAUAUCUUCCUCAUAGAAAAAGAGCAGCUGACUUUUAAGGUCUCUCAGUUCUGUAACUGUGAGCCUGUGUGUUAGGUAUUUAUUGUCAGCAGUGUUUAACCCAAUGUGUUCCCAUUCAGAGUGCUCCAUUGUAUCUUUUCAGUCGCUUCCCCCCAAUCUUGUAGCUAAAGACCAGAUUCCAUCCAGUGAGGAAAAAGAGCUCAUGAAUCCACGAAUCUGGGUUUUAUCCUGUUUCUGUUCCUGUUUCAAAGAACAGUAACUUGUCUAGAUGAGCCCCAGAUUUAGAGUCAAGAGUCUUUCUGUUGGUUAAUAGUUCCAUGAUGUAGAACAAGUGACUUACCCUUUGGGACGUGGAUUUCCCAGUGGGGAUACCAAUGUAGCACUCUGGGGGCUCAGUUAGUUCAUGCAUGUGGUUAUUGGAAGCCUUCUAUAAACAGGCUAUGUAAGUAUCAGUGGUUCUGAUAAUUGUGGCUUUAUGCACUAAUUACAGUAUCUACAUAAGAGUAUUGGCUGAGUCUGUCUGUGGUCUCUGCCGUACCAUGAAAAAGUGUGGGCAUUCUUUAAAUUUAUUUAUGCAUUUGGCACUGACAGUAGCCCAGAUUAUGAAGUUGUUGGUCCCUGCUGCAGUAACAUCUGUGCCGGCGGGUAUUUGGUGCUGUCUCAUUUAAGGUACUGAUGAUUCUUGACCAACAUUGGAGAAGUAUUUGCAGAGGAAGGUGAUAAAUACAGCUCAAGUCAGAGUAUACCUUGAGAUAAUGUGGGGCAGACGCCAUUGUGUCCUAUUAAUAUAGAUACUAUAACUAGCUACAGACAAAAGAGAAUAUUGUCAUUUUACUGUAGUCAUAGAAGUAUGUUCUAUAAUUAUAUAUAACUUUGGAAAGUUUACAAAUUACUUAGAAGAGCUUUAAUAACAUUAUUUUUAAAGCAUAUAGAGCCAUAUUAUUAAAGUAUAUAUACCCAUAUUUUUGUGAGAAGCUGUCAGAGCUGAACGUCUGUAAAAAAAAUUCUCAUUCUAGUAUAAAGUGAAAAAAAAUUUAGCUAAUAAUGACUAUUUCAGGGGCUGGAGAAGUGGCAGAGUGGUUAAGAGCACUUCCUGUUCUCCCAGAGGACCCACGUUGGGCCGCUCACAGCUGCCUGUAGCUCCAGGGGACCCAGCACCCUCUGGUGGCCUGUGUGGCACCUGCACAAGUGGCUUACAUUCAUAUACAGAGAUGCAUACAACUAGAUAAUAUAAAACCUUUUUAAUGCCUAUUUUACUUUUUAGCUACAUAGAGAAAUGGAAGUAAAAUUCAUCUGUCCCUUUUAUUUUGUUUUGUGUUUUCUUGGUCUGUGUUUGUUUUGUUUUUUAUGUUUCUCUUUUUAUUGUGUCUCUAGAUGGUGGUUUUCUUGUUUUUAUUGUUCAUAUUCUCUUUGUAGGACCUGACAGUUGGCAGUAUGAAUCCUCUAUCUGGUGUAUUUUUAAGUACUGUAAUAGUAUUAGUGCUACAGACAUCUGUCUAUUUUCUGUCAUGUUCAAGGUACUGUGUUGACACCAAUUUCAUGUGACUUAGUAAAGAGUCUUUUAAAUCUA